AUGGCACCAUUAUCUCAUGAUUUAGCUGGUCUUAUUUUACCACAUGAUCAUUUUGGUUCACAUUUAAAUGAAUCAGGUGUAACAAUAAAUAUUGAAUUAGAAAAAUUAAAUUUUCAAGCAAAAGCAGGACAUGAAUUUCGUGUUCGUGCAUCAAAUGAAUAUUAUCAAGAAAAUGCUCGUGUACCACAAGAAAAAUUUGGUGAACAACCUAAAUAUGAUAUUGAUGAAUAUUGGCGUGCUAUACAUGUUUUAUAA